AUGACACUUUUCAUGCAUGGUGAUCAUCACCCACACUCACAAGUUACAACGUUGGUAACAAACAAUGACGAUGACUUUGACAAAGACUCUGAGAAUGUACCGAUCAAUGGGACUAAAGUUUUCGAUUUAUGGGUUCUGGAUGAAAGUACACACGAAUGGGAGAGAAUCAGCAUCGAGAUUCUUCAUUGGGAAGAAACUGUUGGAGACAAGCAGUUUUAUUUCAAAGGAACCAUUGGCGAAACAGAACUUGUUUUUGCACAAAACUCUUACGGUGCCGACCGCAAUGAUGACUUUGUGUUGUAUUACGGUACUGGCUCAACAACAUUCAGAAAGUUUAUGAUUCCAGGAGUGGUUCGUAAGAACCAAACUGUUCGAACCUACUUGGAUCAUAUUGAUAGCCUUUACCUUAUGUGA